AUUUUGGCUGUUUAAUAGUAAGACAGUAGACACAGACUGCAUGAACAUCACAUGAUGAUGUCAUUUUAUGUACAGGUCAGAGUUUGAUUCCUGCGUCAGCCUGUUGCUUUUCUCUGUGCUGUUCUUUUCUCAGGUUCCUAACAUGCAGUAGGUGACUGUAAGUGUGAGUGGUCACAUGUCUGUGGGCCUUGAAUAAAUAAUACGUUUACAGGCAAUGUCUAAGCUUCUGGUUGUAUUAUUGCACCUAAUAAAUAGUGGACAUAGGAGAAGAGAGGCAGGCCGAGCCUCUGACUUGCUCCUGAACGAGACUGAGCUGUGUGUGAGUGAGAGACGCGAGAGAGGGGUAGGGAGAGAGAGAGAAAGAGAGCCAGUCUAGAAGGAGCUAGUUUUGAGGCCGUAGCCGAAGCAGGAGCUGUACCAUGGAGAUGCUGACCCCACCAAGGAGAUGGAGAUGGCUCAGAGAGCUGCCUCUGGCCUCGGUGACCACGGGUGUGAGGAGAACGAUGUGGACCCGGCAACACUACCUUUGGAUCCUGCUAGUCCUGCUCUUGGUUUGCAUCGCCAUCCAGACAUUUGUUGCCCACCAAGCCAGUGACAAGUUGACAGGACAUCUGAGGUUCACUGUGAGUCAGCAGCACCUGUUUCCUACUCUGCGGAACAUGUGGGCAGGCCUUCACCCUAAGUCCUCCCUGUCAGGAAACCAGGAUGCAUGGUUACUACACACACAAUCCACUGCAGAGCUUGCUAAGGAGGGACAUGCAGAUUCUCUGUGGAAACAUGUGGAUGAAAGCAUGAACAUUUCUACCAGCCAUCAAACUAGAAAGGUUCCACCUGGAAAACUGCUUGGGCCACAGAACAGGAACCAGCCUGGCUAUCCAGAUUCACUCGUCCUUCGUCAUCCUGCACAGGCCAUAAGUCCAGGCACAGAUAAAAGGCUUGUCAAUGCUCCCACCAGAAAUGUGCCAAUCAACGCAACCUGCAGCUCAAAGUCUCAUGUUGUUUUCCUCAAGACACACAAGACGGCCAGCAGCACCAUCUUAAACAUCCUGUAUCGCUACGGUGAAAGCAGAAACCUGACCUUUGCUCUCCCUCUAAACAGACACAGCCAGUUAUUUUACCCAUACCCCUUUGCAACACAUUUUGUCGAAGGUAUCGCAAGCAGAAGUGUGAAGGAAUUCCACAUAAUCUGCAACCACAUGAGAUUUAGAAAAUCUGAGGUGGCGAAAGUGAUGCCUAAGGAUAGUUUCUACUUUUCCAUUCUGAGAAAUCCUGUGGCCAUGAUGGAGUCCAUCUUCAUCUACUACAAGAGCAUUCCAGCCUUCCACAAAGCUCAUAGCCUGGACGACUUCCUUGACAACAAUCGGGUGAAAUACAAUGCAUCGGUGGCUGGGAACCAUUACGCUCACAAUAUUUUGGCCUUCGACUUUGGCUUUGAGAACAAUAUUGCAGAAAAUGCUACAGACUUUGAGCAGAGCGCCAGCAUGGCCAUUGCAGCCAUCGAACGAGACUUCCACCUCAUUCUUAUCUCUGAAUACUUUGAUGAGUCCAUGGUUUUGCUCAAACACGCCUUGUGUUGGUCCCUGGAAGAUGUGGUCUCCUUUAAACUCAACAGUCGCAGUGAACGAAGUCGUUGUUCACUAUUACCAAGCACUGCAGAGAAAAUCAAGAGGUGGAAUUCUUUAGACUGGAGGAUUUACUUGCACUUUAACACCACCUUUUGGCACAAAGUGGAUAGUCUGGUUGGGCAAGAACAGAUGAGGAAGGAAAUGUAUGAGCUGAGAGAGCUUCAAGGCAAGCUAGCACGUACCUGCUUGAGAGAUGGUGGGGCAGUCGACCCAUCUCAGGUCAAAGACACAAGCCUAAAACCAUUUCAAUAUGGAGCUGCUGUCAUUCAGGGCUAUAACCUUAACCCAUACAUAGACAAACACACCAAAACAAGAUGUCAGAGACUAAUAACACCAGAACUGCAGUACACUGAGCGACUGUACACCCAGCAGUUCCCUAAUCUGUCUGCUAAGCCUUACGUUGGCUCAAAGAAGAUGGCCCCACAUCAUCACCACUCAGAAAGGAGUGGUUUAAAGGGAACGGCCUUGGACAGGGAAGCCAUAAGAAGGAGUUCAUAAGACACACGCUAACAAAUCUCAAGAACAAGAAGGCCUCCACAAGUGUCCGGUUAUUACACACACACACACACACACACACACACACACACACACACACACACACACACACACACACACACACGCACAGCUUGAAUAGAAGCUGUCACUAACAUCAAUGAUUGGAUAUUCUGUCUAAAGCUUACUGUAAUUUAUGAAAAUAAUCUACAGGUUAAAACUCUGCAAGGUGCCAGGAUGUCAACCUGUUAGAAGGACUACAUCAGGAGUAGCCGACCCUUGCGCUCCAAUUUCUGCAGCUCUGCACCUACAGUGUGCGAUUGGUAGAACACACCUGACCCAGGUAAUCAGCAGGGGCUGCAGGAUUAGUUCCAUCCAGGACAGUAGUUCUGGAGGACCAAGGUUGGCUACCCAUGGACCAAAGCAUGCACUGUGCUGCAUGCAAUGUGCUGCUAUUCAAGUUGUUCCUGUAGAGAAGCUUGAAGUGUGAAGGUGGAGCUACUGUACAUGUGUAUUAGAGAGACCAUGAUGUGUUCUGUUGACUAGGACCAAUGGAGUCUAUCACUCUUUACUCUAUACAUAAUUGUUAAAGUCACAACUACAAUUACUUUAUGUAGGAAUUAAGUAUCUCUGCAGCUUUUCAUGCAGAGCAGACCUGACAUCGUUUUUCUACAGUGAGCAUUUUAUUGUGUUAACUUUGAUUUAUUUUUAAAAAGAAUCAGUAGUUUCAUACAACAUCCUGAGUUUAGCCUCAUCCCUUGUUGAUGUAGUGUUCUGAUUAUAAUAUGGUUACGGUGGUUAGAAUAAGUUAUCAUGACUGUAGAGCAGUGACAAGUUGAGGAGCACGGCUACAGCAUAAAUGACUAAAGCACUGAUUGGUGGUAGAACAUUCAGUCAGAAGAGUGUGAACACGCACAUGGACGAUGGAACUGCAGACAGAUCAGGGUAAGAGAGAGGUUCACCUUCAAAUGUGUGAAAGAUUGCUGCCACUCCCCCACUCAAGCUGUGCUUCUAGUUAAGAUAAAAUAAGAUAAGAUAAAUCUUUCUUUCUUCCCAGGAGGGUUAAUUCAGCUGUUCAGCAGUAAAAAAAUAGAGAAAUGAGUAAAGACAGAUUACUAUGGAGGUUUUUCUGACUCAAAAUCCAAUUCACAAUACAUUUUGCAUUUGGCAAUUCAAUAUGCAAUAUGUUUGUUCAAUUUGAAAAUGCAUUUUGCAUUUGGCAAUUCAAUAUUGAAAGUGGCAAUUCAAUACUUAGUUUCAUUAAUCAAAAGUAUAAAUAAAAACUUAAUAAAUUGCCUUUCGUAUUGUCAUGGUUUUUUGUAGUCUGUCAAUUGACAAUUCAAAAUGCUAUUUGGUCAUUUAAUCUGAAAAUGCAUUUUAUAAAUGAAAAUACAAUAUGCAAUUUCAAAAUGCAUUCUGCAAUUAGUUAUGUAAUAUGCAUUUUGAAAAUGCAUUUUGCAAUUGACAAUUCAAUUUGCAUUUUGAAAAUGCAGUCUGCAAAUGGAAAUGCAUUAUUAAAAAGUGUUCAAUCAAUCAAUAACCAGCUUUAUCAAUUAAACGUUUAAAUAAAUCAAUUGCAUUUCAUUUUCUUGUGGUUUAGAAGUGUCUAUAUUGUUAGGGAAAUUGUUAGUUCCCUUUGUAAAUGUUAAAUGACGCAGACACAAUCAGUUGAGACCUGCUUCAGGAUUUUAUUUGCAAGGAGUGAGCAGUUUACAGCAAAGGCAACUUCCUCUCACUGAAGAGAAGACAAGGAUUCAGCCAUAAUAUGCAUUGCAUUCUGGGAGGUGCAUAGUCACACAGUACGUGGCAAAUAUUUAUUGCACAAAGCAAGUAUUGGGCACAUCAGAUAAGGAUGCUACACACCGGUACUCCCUAUUUCUUGCAGAGCAAAAGGGAGGAAACUUCAAGGCUAUAGCACAGCUAACAAGGCUUCAGCAGAUCAUCAAAAUAAAUUCCAACAAUGUUUCAAUAAUUAAAUGCAGUAUUUUUCCAACAUAUAUUCAAAUGUGACAGCAGACAGCCGGAAUGCAUUGCAUGAUCUGUGAACACUCUCAAGUGUCUCGAGUCUAAUAAUUAAAAGCGUUGUUCAAACUUGAUUUGCCGAGGUUAAACUGUCCUAACUAAUCAGAGCCCACUACUGCAACUUCAGCAAACAGACAGAAUGGCGGGGGCAGCGUUGUAGCUACUAAGCGCUGCUGAGGCUUGUCUGAGCAACAGAAUAGAAAAAGCGUUAUUCCUCCACCGUCAGACAGGCCUGUGUGCUGCUAAAAUUCGAGCGGCUACAGGCAGGAAACGGUGGGUCUAGCUUUUGGCCUUUUUCCUGUAAUCGCAUACACCUGGGGGGAACAGCUGAUAGCUAUUGGCCUUCGAGCGGCUACAGGCAGGGAACGGUGGAUCUAGCUCGCUGUAUUAAGUACAUGCUUGAUACUUGUGAUGUCUUAAUAUGUUAGUUGGUCUGUUUAAAAUGUAGUAACCUACAUGAGACAAGCUACUAGCUAGCUUUGCUAAUGGCUACAG